UUCAGCAUUGCACAUUUCUUCCUGCUGUUUGAUUUCAUCUUUUCUGCAACAAAAAUUAUAUUGAAAGAAUGCAGUACAUGCUGAUACUUCUAACUUUAACAGUCAUAUAUUUUACUCCAGGCAGUUUAGAAGUUCUUGAUAAUGACAAGAAGUUUGAUUUUCAUGAAUGUUCUAAGUUCUUUUACAAACAAAAGGAACCACUGGGGCUGUCAGGGCAAAAAUCAGCUCGAAUUUGCCAGAGUUAUAAACACAAUGGAGUCGUUUCUCAAUACUUUGCCACUUUAUAUGACAGGGAGAGAAGAAUACCUUUGUACUCCGCAUAUAUAUUUAAGGGAAAGAAUAAAGAGAAACGUCCAAAAAACAUAACGUGGAUGAUUGAACCUCAGCUUGCAUAUGUGAACCUUACAAAAUGCAUGGCUGACGAAAAAGCAGUGACUGACCAAGAACAGCUGAUCAAAAGUCAAGCAGUAAAUAAUGACUACAAGAUGCUUUAUAAGCGUAAUCCAAGGUACAACCAUGGACAUCUUAACCCAUCUAUGCACCAAAACACAAAUGAAAGCAAAAAUGCGACCUUCACCCUUACCAAUAUUGUGCCUCAAACAGUGGAAUCAAAUCUCAAUUGGUCUGCAUAUGAACAGUCAAUCCUCAAUGUUUCCGGAUAUUACAAAUGCUUUGAAAUAUUUUUGAUAACAGGAGUUAUUCCUACUAAGAUCGACCCUAGUGAAAGAGUGAACAUUCCCAGCCAUGUGUGGAGUGCUUAUUGCUGUGUAGAUCAAAAUGGGAUGCCAAUAAAAAAUGGUGCCGCAUGGAUAUUGAAUACUGUUACCUCAUUACCACAAAGCCUCCGCUUACAGGAGCUAGAGAAUAUACUUCAAGAGGUCCCUUUCUUUGAAAAUAACAUUCAGAUCUUUUAUGAAGGAUGUGCAAAAAGUUUCAUAUGAGACAGUAAUUACUAUUCAAGAAGCCUGAUGAUAUAUAUGAUAACUCCUGCUCAUCAAAUGCAACCAUUUUCUUUUACUGUACAUGAUAUAACAAUAUUCAGAAAAUUGUGCUCCAGUAUUUAGUACCUUCUUUUCUGAUACAUAUGCUUGAGGUAUGGGUAAGGCUUCUUGCUUUUACAUUUGGUUGAAAGUUAAAAUGUUUACUAAAAUUCUGUAUCAGUCUUUUUAAAAAAAGUCAUUUAUCAUUUUUCCGCUUAAUAGUUAGCUAAAUAAAUAUGUCAUGGCAUAA